AUGUCGGAUCAGCUGGUGGCGGAGAGCCGGGCUCUAUUGGAGGAUUACCUCCAGCGCUGCCUCCGCCGGGACUGUCAGCCUCCUCCGAGCCCGGUGGCGCAGACCCUGUGGAGGGUGACCGGGGAGAUCCUCGCCAAGAACCGGGACUUCUACGAAUCGUGCGAGCUGCUCCCCGGAGAGCCCCGCACUACCCUGGAGCAGGUGGCGGCUCAGCUCCCGGAGGACGGAGGACUCAACUGGGGCCGGAUCAUCGGGCUCAUCGCCUUCGCCGGGGUCCUGCUGCAGAGACACAAGGCGGGGACCACCCCCGAGGAGCUGGCCGGCCUGCUGAGCACGUUCCUGGCGGUGCAGCACGGCGACUGGUUCCGGGAGCACGGAGCAUGGGAGGGAUUCCACAAAUUUUGUAGCAAGCAUGAAACUGGCCAGAUACAAGAUAACAGUAGGUUUUCCAAUGCCUUGAUGGCAGCUGCUGGUUUUGGGAUUGCUGGAUUGGUCUUUCUCCUGACCGUAAGAUGA